UCUCUCCCACCGCUCAGACUCGCUGGCCCUAAGUCUCUCUCUCCUCUCUUUCUCUCUCUAGAAAUCUGUAUUUUUUAUUUUAUUAUUGGUUUCCCGAGAGAAAAAUAUUAGAAAAAUUGGUAAAUUGAAAUUCGAAAAAAAGGAAAAGGUUUUUUUUUUUUUAACAGAAGAGAAGGAAGGAGAUCGUGAGCCAGGGAGGAAGAACGAAGAAGGAUUCAGGUUUUGCAGAUUGAGAAAAAAUAGCAUUGCGUUCGUGUUAGGAUUUCUCCGCGGAAGUGCUUUUUCCUCGUUGAUUUUACGGCUGCAGUCUUUUUUGUUCGAUUUUGCUUCCUCUGAGCCCUAAUCUUGUCAUCAUGGUUGCCACCGCUGCUACAUCGUCGUUCUUUCCCAUGCCGUCUCCGUCUGUGGAUCCAACUGGUAAAGGAAAAAAGAUUGGAUCCGCAAAUUUUUCAGCAAUCAAUCCGGCACCGAAUUCUGGCAGCAUGCAGGUCAAGGCAAAUGCCCAGGCUCCACCCAAGAUUAAUGGCAGUAAUGUUAGUUUGGCAACAACUCCAGCGGAGAGCUUCAAGAUCGAAAAUGACACGCAGCCCGCGCCCAGGACUUUCAUUAACCAGCUACCUGACUGGAGCAUGCUUCUUGCUGCCAUAACUACGAUUUUCUUGGCGGCAGAGAAACAAUGGAUGAUGCUUGACUGGAAACCGAGGCGUUCCGACAUGCUAAUCGACCCCUUUGGGAUAGGGGAAAUCGUCGGGGAUGGUCUCGUGUUUCGUCAAAAUUUCUCCAUUAGGUCAUAUGAAAUAGGUGCUGAUCGAUCAGCAUCUAUAGAGACUUUGAUGAAUCAUUUGCAGGAAACAGCCCUCAAUCAUGUAAAGACUGCUGGGCUGCUGGGAGAUGGAUUUGGUUCAACUCCUGAGAUGUCGAAGAAGAACCUGAUAUGGGUUGUUACCCGUAUGCAGGUUGUGGUAGAUAAAUAUCCGACAUGGGGAGAUGUCGUCCAAGUAGACACCUGGGUAAGUCAAUCUGGAAAGAACGGUAUGCGCCGUGAUUGGGUAAUUCGUGAUUGCAAUACCGGAGAAAUAUUAACACGAGCAUCCAGUGUGUGGGUGAUGAUGAAUAAACUGACAAGGAGGUUAUCUAAGAUUCCCGAAGAGGUUCGAGGGGAAAUAGAACCUUAUUUUGUGAACUCCGACCCUGUAGUUGAUGAGGACGGCAGAAAGUUACCAAAACUUGACGACAACACAGCUGAUUUUGUUCGAUCUGGUCUAGCACCACGAUGGAGUGACUUAGACGUAAACCAGCACGUUAACAACGUCAAGUACAUAGGCUGGAUCCUCGAGAGUGCUCCUGUGGCAAUCCUCGAGAGCCACGAGCUAAAGUCGAUGACCCUCGAGUAUCGCCGUGAGUGCUGUCGGGACAGCGUGCUUCAGUCCCUCACGGCGGUCUCGGGAGCCGAUAUCGGGAAUCUGGCAAUGGCAGGGGACGUGGAAUGCCAGCAUUUGCUCCGUCUCCAAGACGGGGCUGAAGUCGUCAGAGGAAGAACAGAGUGGAGACCCAAAUACGGCGAAAACAGCUUCGGAAGCAUCCCUCGGAUCCCCGAGAGCAGCGGGUAAAAGUCGAUCCAGAAACCGCAAUGACUGGAAAAAACAAUGAUAAAUAAGAUCACGAAAACAUCAACCAGCUUUUGGGGCCGAUCUAUCUCAUCUUUUAUAAUAUAUAAAUAUAUAUAUAUAUAUAUAUAUAUAUAUAUACAUAUAUGAAUCUGAAAUCCGGUGGUUGGUUUCAGCUUUGUAACUAGCUCUGCUUUUGUCUACAUAACUUCAGUGAUGAUGAUGAUUGCUCUCUCUCUGGUUUUGUUGUGUGGUCCUUUUGGGGGUCACUUGCAAUUUCCUCUUUUAAGUUUGGGCAACGGUUGUAUAUGAUUUUUUUUUCCUUUGUGAGCUUUAUUUUAUUUAUUUAAUUUUUAUUUUUAUUUCCGAGAA